CAGGCCUUGCCUUCGGCCGCGCGCUAGUGCCUGCACGGCGGCCGUACCCUGUGCCUCUGAGCCAGCCAGGCCCCGAACCACUGUGUCCUGGGUUGGGGGUGGGGACACCACGGCCGAAGCAGCCUGCUCCGUUUGUGAUCCGGGAGCCUGGUGCCAGCGAGACCUGGAAUUUCCGGUCUGGUUGGUCUUGGGCCCCGCGGAGCCAGGUUGAUACCCCUCACCUCCCAACCCCAGGCCCUCGGAUGCCCAGAACCUGUAGGCCACACCGUGGACUGAUUCUUAACCGAGGGGGUGCUGGGGGGACCCUGAUGUGGCACCAAAUGAAAUGAACAAAGCUCCACAGCCCACAGGCCCCCCACCUGCUAGGUCCCCUGGACUCCCACAGCUUGGGUUUCGGCCCCACCUGGGCUUCCCCUCUUGCUGAACUCUGGUCUCCCCCUUCAGCCAGCGUUUCCCCCGGGGCAGACUGCACCGGUGGUGUUCAGUACGCCACAAGCGACACAAAUGAACACGCCUUCUCAGCCCCGACAGGGAGGAUUCAGGUCUCUGCAGCACUUCUACCCUAGCCGGGCCCAGCCCCCGAGCAGUGCAGCCUCCCGAGUGCAGAGUGCAGCCCCCGCCCGUCCUGGCCCUGCUGCCCAUGUCUACCCUGCUGGAUCCCAAGUAAUGAUGAUCCCUUCCCAGAUCUCCUACUCAGCCUCCCAGGGGGCCUACUACAUCCCUGGACAGGGGCGUUCCACAUAUGUUGUCCCAACACAGCAGUACCCUGUGCAGCCAGGAGCCCCAGGCUUCUAUCCAGGUGCAAGUCCUACCGAGUUUGGGACCUACGCUGGUGCCUACUACCCAGCCCAAGGUGUGCAGCAGUUUCCUGCUAGUGUGGCCCCUGCCCCAGUUUUGAUGAACCAACCACCCCAGAUUGCUCCCAAGAGGGAGCGGAAAACGAUCCGAAUUCGAGAUCCAAACCAAGGAGGGAAGGAUAUCACAGAGGAGAUCAUGUCUGGGGCCCGCACUGCUUCCACACCCACCCCUCCCCAGACGGGAGGCGGUCUGGAGCCUCAACCUAAUGGGGAGACGCCCCAAGUUGCUGUCAUUGUCCGGCCAGAUGACCGGCCGCAGGGAGCAGUCAUUGGGGGCCGGCCAGGGCUGCCUGUCCCAGAGCACAGCCCUUCAGAAUCCCAGCCUUCAUCGCCUUCUCCAACCCCAUCACCACCCCCAAUCUUAGAACCGGGGUCUGAGACUAAUCUCGGAGUCCUCUCUAUUCCUGGGGACACUAUGACAGCAGGAGUGAUACAAAUGUCUGUGGAAGAAUCAACCCCUAUCUCCCAUGAAACUGAGGAGCCAUACUGCCUCUCUCCAGAACCCACUCUUGCUGAACCCAUACUGGAAGUCGAAGUGACACUCAGCAAACCAAUUCCAGAAUCCGAGUUCUCUUCGGGUCCUCUGCAGGUUCCUACAUCUCCAGCCUCUCACAAGGUGAAAAUUCAUGAGCCUAAUGGCAUGGUCCCAACUGAGGAUCUGGAACCAGAGGUGGAGACAAACCCAGAGCCGACCCCUCCUGCUCUUUCAGUUUGUCCUUCUGAAUCCCCUGUGCCCAUUGCUCCAACUGCCCAGCCUGAGGAACUGCUCAACGGAGCCCCCUCUCCACCAGCUGUGGACUUAAGCCCAGUCAGUGAGCCAGAGGAGCAGGCCACAGGGGGAGAUACUGCAUCCCUGGUGCCCCCUGCCAUUCUUGCUGCCACUCCACCUACGACUCUUCCGGAUACUUCCCCUAAUCAGGAGGAGGAAAUAGAGGAAGAGGAUGAGGAAGAAGAAGUGGGAGAAGCUGAGAGUGAGAAGGGGGGAGAGGAGCUUCUCCCCUCAGAGAGCACCCCUAUCUCAAACCAGUUGUCUGCAAGUUUAGAGGUGGCAGCAGCCACUCAAGUGGCAGUAUCUGUGCCAAAGAGAAGACGGAAAAUUAAGGAGCUAAAUAAGAAGGAGGCAGUGGGAGACCUCCUAGAUGCCUUUAAGGAGGUGAACCCAGCAGUACCAGAGGUGGAGAAUCAGCCUCCUGCUGGCAGCAAUCCAGGCCCAGAGUCUGAAGGCAGUAGUGUGCCUCCACGGCCCGACGAAGCAGAAGAGUCUUGGGACUCCAAGGAAGACAAAAUUCACAAUGCUGAGAAUAUCCAGCCUGGGGAACAGAAGUAUGAGUACAAGUCAGAUCAGUGGAAGCCUCUGAACCUCGAAGAGAAGAAGCGUUAUGACCGGGAAUUUCUGCUAGGCUUUCAGUUUAUUUUUGCCAGUAUGCAGAAGCCAGAAGGAUUGCCCCAUAUAACUGAUGUGGUCCUGGACAAGGCCAAUAAAACACCACUUAGGCCACUGGAUCCCUCCAGACUACCUGGCAUCAACUGUGGGCCAGACUUCACUCCAUCCUUUGCCAACCUUGGCCGACCAGCCCUCAGCAACCGUGGGCCCCCAAGGGGUGGGCCAGGUGGGGAGCUGCCCCGAGGGCCGCAGGCUGGCCUAGGACCCAGGCGCUCUCAACAAGGCCCUCGAAAGGAACCACGCAAGAUCAUUGCCACAGUGUUAAUGUCUGAAGAUAUAAAACUGAACAAAGCAGAGAAGGCUUGGAAACCCAGUAGCAAGCGGACAGCAGCUGAUAAGGACCGAGGGGAAGAAGAUGCUGAUGGAAGCAAGACCCAGGACCUGUUCCGAAGGGUGCGCUCCAUCCUAAAUAAGCUAACACCACAGAUGUUCCAGCAGUUGAUGAAGCAAGUGACACAGCUAGCCAUCGACACUGAGGAACGUCUCAAAGGAGUCAUUGACCUCAUCUUUGAGAAGGCCAUUUCAGAGCCCAAUUUUUCUGUGGCCUAUGCCAACAUGUGCCGUUGCCUCAUGACGCUAAAAGUGCCCACUACAGAGAAGCCAACGGUGACUGUGAAUUUUCGAAAACUAUUGUUGAAUCGAUGUCAGAAGGAGUUUGAGAAAGACAAAGAUGAUGAUGAAGUUUUUGAAAAAAAACAAAAAGAGAUGGAUGAGGCUGCAACGGCAGAGGAACGGGGGCGUCUGAAGGAAGAGUUGGAAGAAGCUCGAGACAUAGCCCGGCGGCGCUCAUUAGGGAAUAUCAAGUUUAUUGGGGAGUUAUUCAAGCUGAAGAUGUUAACAGAGGCUAUAAUGCAUGAUUGUGUGGUAAAACUGCUUAAGAACCAUGAUGAAGAGUCCCUGGAAUGCCUCUGUCGUCUGCUCACCACUAUUGGCAAAGACCUCGAUUUUGCAAAAGCCAAGCCUCGAAUGGAUCAGUAUUUCAACCAGAUGGAAAAAAUUAUUAAAGAAAAGAAAACCUCAUCUCGUAUCCGUUUUAUGCUGCAGGAUGUGCUGGAUUUGCGGCAGAGCAAUUGGGUGCCACGCCGAGGGGAUCAAGGUCCCAAAACUAUUGACCAGAUCCAUAAGGAGGCCGAAAUGGAGGAGCACCGUGAACACAUCAAAGUACAGCAGCUCAUGGCCAAAGGCAGUGACAAGCGUCGGGGUGGCCCUCCAGGCCCACCCAUAAGCCGUGGACUUCCACCUGUGGAUGACAGUGGCUGGAAUACAGUCCCUAUCAGCAAAGGCAGCCGCCCCAUUGACACCUCACGACUCACCAAGAUUACAAAGCCUGGCUCCAUUGAUUCUAAUAACCAGCUCUUUGCACCUGGAGGGCGCCUGAGCUGGGGCAAGGGCAGCAGUGGGGGCUCAGGUGCCAAGCCCUCAGACACAGCAUCAGAAGCUGCUCGUCCAGCUACUAGUACCUUGAAUCGUUUCUCAGCCCUUCAACAAGCAGUACCCACAGAGAACACAGAUAACAGACGUGUAAUACAGAGGAGUAGCUUGAGCCGGGAACGGGGUGAGAAAGCUGGGGACCGGGGAGACCGACUAGAACGGAGUGAGCGUGGAGGUGACCGUGGGGAUCGAAUUGAUCGUGCAAGAACACCUGCCACCAAACGAAGCUUUAGCAAGGAAGUGGAGGAGCGGAGUAGAGAGCGGCCUUCCCAGCCUGAGGGACUGCGCAAGGCAGCCAGCCUUACAGAAGAUCGCGGGCGGGAUCCUGUCAAACGGGAAGCCACCCUGCCCCCAGUGAAUCUCCCAAAAGCUGAACUCUCUGAGGAUGAACUAGAGAAGAAGUCCAAGGCUAUCAUCGAGGAAUAUCUCCAUCUCAAUGACAUGAAGGAGGCAGUGCAGUGUGUACAGGAGCUAGCCUCACCCUCUCUGCUGUUUAUCUUUGUGCGGCACGGCAUCGAGUCCACACUGGAGCGCAGCACCAUUGCUCGUGAGCAUAUGGGACGGCUGUUGCACCAGCUACUUUACACUGGGCAUCUCUCCACUGCCCAGUACUAUCAAGGGCUGUAUGAAAUCCUAGAAUUGGCUGAGGACAUGGAAAUUGACAUCCCCCAUGUAUGGCUUUACCUGGCAGAAUUGGUAACACCCAUUCUGCAGGAAGAUGGAGUGCCCAUGGGAGAGCUCUUCAGGGAGAUUACAAAGCCUCUGAGACCCAUGGGCAAAGCUACUUCCUUGUUGCUGGAGAUCCUGGGUCUCCUAUGUAAGAGCAUGGGUCCCAAAAAAGUGGGGAUGUUGUGGCGAGAGGCUGGUCUCAGCUGGAAGGAAUUUCUACCUGAAGGCCAGGACAUUGGUUCAUUUGUCGCUGAAAAGAAGGUGGAAUAUACCUUGGGAGAGGAGUCUGAAGCCCCUGGCCAGAGAGCACUCGCCUUUGAGGAGUUGAGCAGGCAACUGGAAAAGCUGUUGAAGGAUGACAGCAGUAACCAGCAGGUGUUCGACUGGAUAGAGGCCAACCUGAAUGAGCAACAGAUAGCAUCCAAUACAUUAGUUCGAGCCCUCAUGACAACUGUCUGCUAUUCUGCAAUUAUCUUUGAGAAUCCUCUCCGAGUGGAUGUUGCCGUGCUGAAAGCACGAGCGCGACUUCUACAGAAAUACCUUUGUGAUGAGCAGAAGGAGCUGCAAGCACUCUAUGCCCUCCAGGCCCUUGUAGUGACCUUAGAACAGCCUGCCAACCUGCUACGGAUGUUCUUUGAUGCGCUCUAUGAUGAGGACGUGGUGAAGGAGGAUGCUUUCUACAGCUGGGAGAGCAGCAAGGACCCUGCUGAGCAGCAGGGCAAAGGCGUGGCCCUUAAAUCUGUCACAACCUUCUUCAAUUGGCUUCGUGAGGCUGAGGAAGAGUCCGACCACAACUGAGGGCGGGUGGGGCCCGGGGACUUGGAUCCCCAUGAACUUGUGGAUGGCCCAGCCAGCCGUCUGGACUGUAGGGGGGCAACGGCAACGGCAGCGGCAGUGACUGGGUGCCUGUAGUAUCGAUGUGUCUGAGCUAAUAAAGUGGCUGAUGAGGCAGGAUCGCUUGGGGCUGGCUGGGUUGGUCCCCCCCUCCCCCCAGGAUGCUGCCAAGUGUCCCUUUCCUCCCCCUGGGGCACAGAGAUAUUAUAUAUAAAGUCUUGAAAUUUGGUGUGUCUUAGGGGAUUGGGCACCACCACCUGCCCCUAGGUCCUUUUUUAUUUCCUGAAAAUCACUCUUGGGACUGCCGUCCUCGCUGCUGGGGGCAUAUGCCCCAGCCCCUGCACCACCCCUGCUGCUGCCUGGGCAGGGGGAAGGGGGGGCACGGUGCCUGUAAUUAUUAAACAUGAAUUCAAUUAA